AUGGUAUCUUUCCGCCCCCUUUCUCGCUCCAUCUCUCUCGCCUCGCGCGCUUCCCCUUCUCUCCUGGCCUCGUCGUCGCGCCACGCUUCCUCUUCUUCCUCCAUCUCGCCGCGCCUGGUGACGCCGUCGUCGAUCCGCACGCUGACAACCGCCCCCCGCGAAAAGGUCAAAGUUCUCCUCGUCCUCUACGAUGGCGGCAAGCACGCCGAAGAAGUCCCCGCCCUCCUCGGCACGACCCAGAACGAGCUCGGCAUCCGCAAGUGGCUCGAGGACCAGGGCCACACGCUGGUGACCACCUCCGACAAGGAGGGCCCCGACUCCCAGUUUGACAAGGAGCUCGUUGACGCCGAAGUCAUCAUCACCACUCCCUUCCACCCCGGCUACCUCACCGCCGAGCGCCUCGCCAAGGCCAAGAACCUCAAGAUCGCCAUCACCGCCGGCAUCGGCUCCGACCACGUCGACCUGGCCGCCGCCAACAAGACCAACGGCGGCAUCACCGUCGCCGAGGUCACCGGCUCCAACGUCGUCUCCGUCGCCGAGCACGUCGUCAUGACCAUCCUCGUCCUGCUGCGCAACUUCGUGCCCGCCCACGAGCAGGUCGCCCGCGGCGACUGGGACGUGGCCGCCGUCGCCAAGCAGGAGUACGACCUCGAGGGCAAGGUCGUCGGCACCGUCGCUGUCGGCCGCAUCGGCGAGCGCGUCCUGCGCCGCCUCAAGCCCUUUGGCUGCAAGGAGCUGCUCUACUUUGACUACCAGGCGCUGUCGCCCGAGAAGGAGGCCGAGAUUGGCUGCCGCCGCGUGGAUACCCUCGAGGAGAUGCUGGCGCAGUGCGACGUCGUCACCAUCAACUGCCCGCUGCACGAGAAGACCAAGGGCCUGUUUAACAAGGAGCUGAUUAGCAAGAUGAAGAAGGGCUCAUACCUCGUCAACACCGCCCGUGGCGCCAUCGUCGUCAAGGAGGACGUCGCCGAGGCUCUCCGCACCGGCCACCUCGCCGGCUACGGAGGCGACGUCUGGUUCCCCCAGCCCGCGCCCCGCGACCACCCGCUCCGCACCGCCGUCAACCCCUUCGGCUACGGCAACGCCAUGGUCCCCCACAUGUCCGGCACCUCGCUCGACGCCCAGCGCCGCUACGCCGACGGCACAAAGGCCAUCCUCGAGAGCUACCUGUCCGGCAAGCACGACUACCGCCCCGAGGACCUCAUCGUCUACCAGGGCGACUGGGCCACCAAGUCCUACGGCCAGCGUGAGAAGAUUAACACUGUCAAGAAAUAAG